AUGUUUGGAAGAAAGUUAACGCUCGGUUUUACCGUUGAGCUGUCCAAUGAUGAAAGAAAUUUACCAGAAAAUACGGAGGAAAUCGAGCCCGAGCCCGAAAAAUUUGAAGAUUGGACCGAAUCAAUCAAGGCUGCUUUAACGGAUAAUCCGACUUAUUGGCCCGAUUCCAAAGAGUAUGAUGAAAUUGUCAAGGAAUGCACAGAUACAGGAUCGUAUCAUGUGAAUAAGGAAAAUGUAUCACAUCGAGCUGAAGCCGCAGAAGUACAUAUUUCAGAAUUGAACCAAGCCUUGCAACAUCAAGUUGAAAGCAUUGAAAAGGAUAGCACAAUUGCAGAAUUGAAUCGUAUUGAUGAGAAAAUUUGUCAACAUCGAGCUGGCGCCGUCAGAUUUCAACAGAAGCAAGCCGAGAAGAUGCUCGAAUCUUCUAAAAACAGAUAUGGUUCUGUUGAUGUUGGAAAAACUGUUCGAGUUCCAAUCGAUACGAUGUGCCCGAAAAGGAGACAUCAUUUCCCUCAGCAGUCGGCGCCGAAUCUCUCACCGGAUCUCAAGGGCACAAGCACUCCUCUCCUGCGACCGCUGGAGAACCAUGUGCUCUGUUUUGAUCGUUAUCCGUUUUCAAUCAACGGGAAACCACCGAUGAAUCCUUCAUGUGAAUUUGUGCCGCUUGCCCCAAUCGAUCAAGGGCAAGCCUUGUACUCGUGCACUUAUCGAAUAAAAAAUGAAUCAACAUUGAUCGUACAAUCAAUUGAUAACUCAGAGGACGCACAGUAUCGCAUCUAUGGGAUCUCUUUUCGCAUCGCUAAAUGGGUUAAUGAAUCGGCGAAAGUGCUGGUGGUGCCGCUUGAAAGCUACUUCCAUCAAGAGUCGGAGAUGGUGAUGAUUAAGCAACAACAGAUAGUCACGUUUCUCAAGAACCCCUACGUGGCCAGUGACUCAGACACAAAGGGUGGAUCGCUUUUAUUUCAAGCAAUCGGCAACGAGAUGACCGAUGACAGCUUUUUGCGGCCUGAUUUGAGUUGCCCUGAGGUGUUCGACAUAUCGGCCUAUCACGGUUCCGACCCAGGCUUAAUGGUAAACCGAUCGUUCAACAUUGGAGAUAUUGGAAUCGGGGGCUUCACGGAUCUCCCAAACGGUACUAUCGAAUUCGAUGCUGAAUGUUUGGAGGAGGAAUGCCUAGCCGAAGCAACAAUACCGAUCAGUGGCCUCUAUCCGCGAAUCGACGAAUGGACAUUGACUCCCUCAAACGACAAACAUUAUAUUCUUUGCAACGGUCGAGUGCUUGUUGAUGAGCUCAUCUAUCUCAGCAUCCCAAUCGACAACGUAUAUUACGCUUUUGCUGCUUAUUCAUUUCAUCGUUUUUCAACUAAGGAUCUCUACGAAAAUUCCCUUCUACUGCCUGUCAAUUUUAAUCCACUACAACCUGUCACUUCGAUUCUCUUUCGAUUUGAAGCAACAGACAGUCCGAAAUGGCUGACAUUGGUCAACACAGUCGAUCAGUCAUUUCUUUCGUUGAAGCAAUUUCGAUGGGAUCGCGCCAAUAAAUCUUGUGAAUAUCAAGUGAUUCUCGGCCCACCGGAUGGCUAUCAAAAGCACUCUGAGCGCAAUUUCACAGUCUUUCGUGACACUGUGCCUUUUGUCGAGCAAUGGCUCUUCUCUGAUGUCUACAGCAUGCACAUGCCAGCCGGUUGUGCGCCGAGUUUAGCGAUUGAAGUUUUUGCACAAAACGAUGUUGGCGAGAGAAACUCCAUUGUGCCGCUUCAACAACCAAACAUAACACAAGAGAUCUGUGAAGGAAGUGCUACUUUUAUGUCAUCUGGCUAUGGGAAUCCCCAUCGUCUCCCCCUCAUAUUCGACUCCACUUUUGCUUUUCAAAUCACUUGUGACUCUUUUCCAAUUGAUGUCAAUGUUUCGGUGAUUUCUUACGUCAAACAUUCAACACUUUCGUUUUUGAAUUCGUCGCACGAGUGGACACGAGAACUCGAUAAUCAAUUUCUUGAAUUUUCUGAACACAAUUUACACGGAAUAUCGGGUUAUUGUCCAAAAAGCCGAACGAAUUCCGAAUACGAUGGAUGCUUUUUAAAAGACUUCAUCUCGUUUUCUGAGUGGCCACCCAGCUCACCCGAUCUUAACCCAUUGGAUUACUCAGUCUGGAGUGUUCUUGAAGCCAGGGCAUGUGCAAAACCACAUAAAAAUAUCGAAAGUUUGAAGAAGGCGCUCAUCAAAGCAUGGGAUACCCUCGGUGAUGUCUAUUUGCUCGAUGAUGCCACGGUCAACGCGUUUCACAAACGUUUGCAGGCCUAUCUGAACGCCGAUGGAAGCAAAGUUGAAUUUAAUAGU